UGACACCUCUCCUGUUUCUCCACCCUUUAAACACUUAAGCUCCACACACACAAACACACACCUUGUUAUAAAAGUGCACAGGUGGGUCCGUCAGAGGAGACGUGGGUCCCUGGACAGAGGAGAAGUCUGGACCUAAAUGGAGUCCACCCUCUCCAAAGCUCCUGGUGGAGCGGGCACUGCAGGUGUCCAGCAGCCAGCGACCGUCCCUCCUGGUGGUUUGCAGCCUCUUACUGAGGUGGCAGAGCCUGCAGACCUGGGCAAGGUAGAGGGAACCAAGGGUCAACCCGGACAACCUUUAGGAGUAGGAGAUGGACAGGAGCUGUACUCAUUGGACAGCUCUCUGUCCUCCUCGGACAGCGAGGAUGAGGGUCUCGGCAAAAAAGACAAAAAGAAGAAGAAGCAGCUGAAGAAGAAAAAGAAGAAGAAGGAUUCCAGUUCAUCCUCAUCAUCAUCUUCAUCCUCCUCUUCCUCUUCUUCCUCCUCAUCCUCCUCUUCUUCCUCCAGUAGCUCCUCAGAGAGUGACAGUGAGGAUGACAAGAAGAAGAAGAAAAAGGAGAAGAAGAAGGACAAGGACAAGAAGAAAGAGUACAUACAUGACAGUGUUACCAUACUUGGUCACGAUGGUGAGAUGGAACUGCAGCCAGACGAAGGUCUGAAGAUGAGCAUGGAAUACGACUCAUCAGAUGAGGAGAAUGACAAGAAGAAAGAUAAAAAGAAGAAGAAGAAGAAGGACAAGAAGAAGAAGAAAAAGAAGAAGAAGGAUUCAUCCUCUUCCUCAUCUGACAGUUCAUCCUCUGACAGUGAGGAUGAAAAAAAGAAGAAGAAGAAGAAAAAGAAGAAGAAGAAGAAGGACUCCAGCUCCUCUUCCUCAGACAGCUCUUCAUCAUCUUCCUCGGACAGUGACAGUGAUGAUGACAAGAAGAAGAAGAAAAAGAAAAAGGACAAGAAGAAGAAGAAGAAGAAGGACAAGAAAAAGGAUUCCAGCUCUUCAUCUUCAUCUUCAUCCUCAUCUUCAUCCUCUGACAGUGAUAAAGACAAGAAGAAAAAGAAGAAGAAGGACAAGAAAAAGAAGAAGAAGAAGGAUAAGAAAAAGGAUGAAGAGCAGAGUGAAUCCUGCAGUGCUGAGGCUCUUUCAGCAGCUGAUGGUGAGACUGCAGGACCGUGUGCAGAUGGAGAUAAAAAGACAGAUGCAGCUGCUGACAAGGUCAAGAAAGAGCUGAAAGCAACAGAAGAAGACAAAGUGUCCUCUUCAUUGGCAGCAGGGGGAGCAAAGGCAUUCCCUGAUGGUAUGGAGGAAGGCCACUUGAGUGAUGAUGAGGGAGAAGGAGAGGAGGAGAAGGAUAAGAAGAAGAAGAAGAAGUUGAAGAAGAAGAAGAAGAAGAAGAAGGACUCCUCCAGCUCCUCCUCUUCUUCAUCUGAUAGCUCCUCCUCAGACAGCGAAGAUGAUGAUAAGAAAAAGAAGAAGAAGAAAAAGAAGAAGAAGAAGAAGAAGAAGAAGGAUUCCAGCUCUUCCUCCUCCUCGUCUUCAUCUUCUGAUAGUGAAGAUGAUAAGAAGAAGAAGAAGAAGAAAAAGAAGAAGAAGAAGAAGGAUGAGGAUUCCAGCUCUUCAUCCUCUUCUUCAUCAUCUGAUAGUGAUGAUGACAAGAAGAAGAAAAAGAAGAAAAAGAAGAAGACAAAGAAGAAGAAGGAUAAGGAUUCCAGCUCUUCAUCCUCUUCUUCAUCGUCUGAUAGUGAUGAUGACAAGAAGAAGAAGAAGAAGAAGAAAAAGAAAGAUAAGAAGAAGAAAAAGAAGAAGGAUAAGGAUUCAAGCUCUUCCUCUUCUUCUUCAUCAUCUGAUAGUGAAGAGGAUAAGAAGAAGAAAAAGAAAAAGAAGAAGAAGAAGAAGAAGGACAGCUCUUCUGAUGAUAGCUCUUCUUCCUCCUCCUCAUCCUCCUCUUCUUCUGAUAGUGAUGAUGACAAGAAGAAGAAGAAAAAGAAAGAUAAGAAAAAGAAGAAGAAGAAGGAUAAGAAGAAGAAGGAUUCUUCUUCUGACUCCUCCAGCGAUUCUUCUAGUGAUGAUGAUAAGAAGAAAAAGAAGAAGAAAAAGGAUAAAAAGAAGAAGAAAAAGAAAGACAGGAAGAAGGACUCAGAUUCUUCUAGCAGUGAUGACGACAAGAAGAAAAAGAAGAAGGACAAGAAGAAGAAAAAGAAGAAGGACAAAAAGAAGGACUCAAGCUCCAGUUCAUCAAGUUCAUCUGGUAGCUGCAGUGGCAGCGACAAGGAAAAUAAAAAGGACAAGGACGAGAAGAAGAAAAAGAGUUCGGGCUCAGAUGGAAGUGACACUGACAAGAAGAAAAAGAUUGAUACCCUUGAUGCUGAGCAAAGCACCAAGCCAAAAAGAGAAGUUUCAGGCUCAGGUGGCGGCACCCUAUCAGCUCCCAGUGGCAGCAGCUUUAAGCAAAGUGGUCCUACUGCCGGUCCUACUGCCGGUCCUACUGUCGGUCCUACUGUCGGUCCUACUGCCGGUCCUACUGUCAUCUCCUACGUAUCACUCCCGUCCAAGCCGACAGUGAGUACGGAUCCUCUGAAUCCUUCAGCUUUCUCCAAGCCUUCUGUCUCCAGCACUUCACUGAGCAUGGGAGACAGGGUCACCAUCCGCAGACCUCCCAGCCCCAUGGAGUCUCUGAUGGGGAGCCCAAGGAGGUAUGGAGACUCAGGGGCCCGUACCACUAGCCACCUGAGUGCUAGUGACCUACUGAAAGGCCCCAAGCCUUACCAAUGAUGAGAUGUCACAGACCAAACUAGAUGUUACGUUUUGUUUUUUUUUAAAUGCGUGACUUACAUGACACUGGUCAGUGUUGAAUGGGAUGAUGAGGUGUUGGUUCACAAUCAUAGAGAAUAAUUCAGAAUCCUUGUUUUGCAGAAUAAAACAAUAUGAUUUUA